GGCCACCUCCGCUCCGUCCUCGCAACUAGGAAUCUUCCUGUUUUUGAGAACAAGGAGAAAUAAAAGAAGAAGAAAAGGAGAAGGAGCAGCAGAAAAGGAGAAGGAAUAACAAAACUGAGCAGCAAAAAGCAGAAGGCAAGGCAAGAUGAAGCAGCGCAAAAAGCAGAAGGCAGGGCAGAACGGAGUAAUACCAAAACGCGGGGCCCAGCUGAGCGAGCUCCUGGAAGGCUUCGCGGUGUGGGAGGGCUCAAGCGGCGGAUCAGCCUGCCCGGAGAGGGGGAGCCUCUGUCCUUCGAGGUCUUCGAGACCGGGCGGUGGAAAGCCCUGAACAACUUCGUCUGACUUGGCGUGAGCAGGAGGUUGGACCAGAGGCCUCCUGAGGUCCCUUCCAACGAGGAUGCUCCCGUGAUCCUCUCAUCCGGCUGUUCCUGAUGUGCUGCCGCGCGGUUCUUGCAGGCCGGGGGGGUUUCUCCGUGCGCAGGGCAGGCCCGGAGAGCACGGGACGGCUCCCGCCUGAGAGGUGCGUGGAGGACGCGUGCUUCCCCGUCACGCACCUUCGCCGUUCCUGAAGAGCGCUGCAAAAGGGGAACUGUCACCUGCACAGCACCGGCGUUUGCCUGCAACGAGAGGACUUCUGCUCCCGGUGCACGUCGCAAAAGUCAGCGGCACCUGCCAGCUGCAGCGGCGUCGGGGACCCCAAGGACGCAGGGACCGGUGCCGAGUCCUGCGGAGUCUCCAGGAGGACGAGUGCUGCCCCGUCGCGGUCUCCAAACCUCGGCUUUCCCUGCGCCCUGCAGAGCAGGGAGGGAGGGAGGGCAAGAAAACGGCAAACUGCAGCUUGCAGCGGCACGUCAACAAAACGCACAAAUACGACCCCCAAACCACGCGUCCCGUUCCGGACCUGCCGUAACGCGGUCUCCAAACAGACCGUCCUCCGGGCACCUCCAGGGCAGCAGGCCUGAAAUUCAUUGCCAAGGAAAAUCGGUCAUCGCCCAGGAAACAUGACCAUCCUGUCCAAUAACUUGUCGUGCCAUCACGCCAUCGAUGACUUCCGCAACAGAGUGUACUCCACGUUGUACUCCAUGAUCUCGAUCAUGGGCUUUGUGGGAAACGGCGUCGUCCUGUACGUGCUCAUAAAAACCUACCGGCAGAAGACCGCCUUCCAGAUAUACAUGCUGAACCUCGCCGUUUCUGACUUUCUGUGUGUCUGCACGCUGCCUCUGCGGGUUGUGUACUAUGUCCACAAAGGAAACUGGUUCUUCAGCGAUUUCUUGUGCAGGAUCAGUUCGUACGCGCUGUACGUCAACCUGUAUUGCAGCAUUUUCUUCAUGACUGCAAUGAGCUUCUUUCGUUGCAUAGCCAUCGUGUUUCCAGUCCAGAAUAUCAACUUGGUCACGGAGAAAAAGGCUAAAAUGGUCUGCGCCGGCAUCUGGAUUUUCGUCACCCUGACGAGCGCUCCCUUUCUGCGCAACGGAAGCUACGAACACGGCAACAAGACCAAGUGCUUCGAGCCUCCCGAAAACUCCCAGAAGACAAAUCUAGUGGUGAUCCUGGAUUUGAUUGCCCUGUUUGUGGGCUUCAUUCUUCCCUUCGUCAUCAUCACCAUCUGCUACACCAUGAUCAUACGGACCUUACUGAAAAACUCCUUGAAGAAGAACCAGGCUAACCGCAAGAAAGCCGUCUGGAUGAUCGCCAUCGUGACAGCUACCUUCCUGGUCAGCUUCACCCCCUACCACAUCCUGCGCACGGUCCACCUCCACGUGCUGAGGCUGAAGAACGCCAGCUGCGAGGAUGCCAUCUACUUGCAGAAGGCCGUGGUGGUCACGCUGCCCCUGGCAGCUGCCAACUGUUGCUUUGACCCGCUCCUCUACUUCUUCUCCGGGGGCAACUUUCGGCAGAGGCUCACCACGUUCAGGAAGGCCUCUUCCUCCAGCAUGACGCAAGCCUUCAGGAAGAAGUUCUCCAUAAAAGAGAAGGACGAGGAACCCCUUGGAGAGAGCCACAAGGAGAACGGGAACGACGCCGGGGUCCCUUUGUAAGGGGGCUGGCUUUUCCCGCAGGAUCUCAAGUGGGCAACGGAGAUCGCAGAACUUUUGGUAACCAUGAACAGAGCCCGCAAGUCACUGUCGCAAUUAGAGACAUAAUCGUUAGAGCGGACAGUCCCCGGUUUAUCCUCCUCGGGAACGGUACUGGUGCAGCGGCCGGUGCAGAGCUCCCGCUUCUGCUCCCUCCCCGGGCGUCUGUCCGCAAGGAGCAUUUUCUAGUUAGAGAUGUUAGGAAGGAUUUUGUCUGCCUCAGGAUAAGCUGGUGGCUGCUGUUUCCCCAUCACCACCACAAAAAAAUGCAAGGGGGUGAAAUACUGGCUGCAUUAUAAUGGGUGAAAAUCUUGCUGCUGGUUGCAGCAGGACGAUGUUCUCGCCCGAGGAACGGGCGGGUUUCGUGGAAGCAGCCGAGCCGUCGCGUUUUGCUGGUGUCCGUUGCUUCUGGUGCGUUGCAUUUGCCGAAUUUCUAGGAAGAUUUUGUUUGUGGGAGCAGUUUUUCGAAACUGCGCUCACCUAACGCACAGUCAAAGUUUGCUCCCGUGGGUCGGGUCCUCUAAGGGCUGCAGCCCUGGGCUCGUCCGUCCACUUCUUCCCAGGUUUUACCUACAGCUGGAGCUCUGGGAGCUGAGAGUCCGGUGCAGGAUCCGGCCUGCCUUCCUGAAGUAUUGAUUAACUAGGUUAAAAAGUCUGUAGAAGUGAUUUUUUUUUUUUAAUAACCAAAUACAGUUGAUGUGUGGCCCCAUGCAAGACAGUGUCUCUUUGGGACAUCUUGCAGAGGAGAUGCAGCCCGGGGCCAUGGGAGGAUCUGGGAAAGACCGAGCGCGAGGAGCCCGAGUGCCAAAUGUCUGUCGGGAGCCCGGGCGACACAAGGCUGAAACUUUCUUUGCGUACAGCAUGAUGAAAAGAGGGUUUGGGCCGUGUUUCCUUUGUAAAUAGAAACUUCCAAACCUUAGACAUAAGAAAACAUUCCUGGGCUUUUCAGGUGAACCACCAAAAAGGCAGCAGGGCUCCCUUCUUUCGGGGGGUGCAGCAAAGUCUGCGCCGCGGGAUACGUGAGCCGUCAGGAGAGAAACAGAGAUUUGUGCAGGAUUAGGAUGUUAGCUAGAAAAUAGGAGUUAAUAGUGAGAAGCAAACAUGUUUUGAUGUUGGGGUCUUUAUGAAGAUACUUGAUGUUAUCUUACAUAAAGCAAAUUGUUGCAACCCUGUAAAACAGGAGCGAGCAGAAGGGUUCGGGUCUUUGGCUGGGCGGUUCAGCGCGGGAGAAAUGACCUUUAUGCUGACACAAGAGGGUACAUGUUUCCUGGGUCAUCAAAAGGCGAUUUAGAAAGCAAAUUCAGCUGCAAAAUAAUUCAUGGAUGUGAAUUUUUAAGAAGUGCUGAAACCUCUUUAGAAAAUUUUAGGGGGUCUGUAAAUUGGGAAAAGCCUGAAAACUGUGCAUAUGGAGUCACAUGCAUCGGUACAGCCCCCCUAAUCCCCCAAGGGCACGGCGCAGCGCAGCUCGGUGGGGACGGACCGGUCCGAGGAAGUGCAUGUAGCAUGAGAACUGGCUCAAACUUCUUCCUAAGGGUUACUACUAUUAUAAAUGUGUCUCAAAGCAUAAGAGCAUUGUGUAACUUUAAAUAUAAAUCAUCUUGAAAAACUGAGUUUCAGAAUAUAUAGAAAUAAUACACACCUUCCCAAAUUUUUAUUGUUUGUGUAUUGUACAGUAAAGCUAUAUAUAUAUAUAUAUAAAAAAAAUAUGUCACGAACCGUUCUAUUGUACCAAAUGUCUUUUUCAAGGAGACAACGGGAAUGGCAAGAGAAACGGCAGGUUUUUUUGCAACGGGGAAAACUAUUUAUGAAACGAGACUGCAGAAAAUUAAAUGGACGUGUUGCAAGUCCAAGCUGAA